GCUGUCAGGGAUGUCCGGGGAUGGGGUCUGGUGUCGAGGUUACUUUGUCUCAUGAUUUUUGGAGCCUAUCAGGGUUCUCGGUUCGGCACACUUCACUAAGUGUGAAGGAAAAGUGUGGGAAAUCGGCGUCGUUUCGCGGAAGCGUGGAUCAAAUUUUAAUUGAUCGUCGCCCUGCGAACCGAACGUUUGAAUCCGUGCCACAUUAUCAAGUGCCGGCCGAGGACGCUGAUGUGUGGCGAACAAAGUGGGCGGAUUUUUGUAUUUCACAUUUACACGAGUUUUAUCACCACAUUCGACCCAGACGAAGGCUCUGCAAUCCGGUGAUCCGGGCUGGGGAAUAAUCUUGUUGGCCAGUAUCUCAAGGAUUUCCACUUGUCGGGAGUUUGACUAUAAGGACAAUCCGGAUGCAUGAGGUGGCUGGGAGCAAUGAAAAAUUAAUCAAAGGAGAAAAUUCCGCUAA